AUGUGUAUAAUGAAAUCAGUAUCCGAAAGGGGAAAAGUGUCUGAUAGACCUAGUUAUUCUAACUGGAAUUAUAGGAGGCGAUAAAUAAAUAAAUAAAUAAAAAGCUUCUGAUCUGAAGAACGUGCCCAUACUUUUCCCAGACUGCAGCAGUAACAACAGGAAGUGUGCCGCUUGGCUAAGGAGUUUAUCGCUAAGCUGUAACGAUAGCUAGCUAGUAUCUGACUGACAACUGCCUAACGACAUCAUUCCGAUUAAGCGUGCUUGGAAGGAAAGUGUAAUUUUUCAAACUGGGAUGACGUGUUCAUUAGAAAAUGUAUUGUCAGACGCCAAGUCGCUGGUGGAAAGACUUCGCAACCAUGACAAUGCAGCGGAGGUACUUAUCGAACAGACAACGUCCCUUAACAAGAGGGUGGAGGCCAUGAAACAGUAUCAGGAGGAGAUUGAAUCGCUGAACCAGGUYGCCCGGCAUCGGCCCCGUUCCAGCCUCGUCAUGGGCAUCCAGCAGGAAAACCGGCAGAUCCGUGACCUACAGCAGGAAAACAAAGAGUUGAGAACCUCCCUGGAGGAACACCAGUCGGCCAUAGAGCUCAUCAUGACWAAAUACAGGGAGCAGGUCUUCAGACUCCUCAUGGCCAGUAAGAAGGACAACCCAGCCAUCGUCAACCAAUUAAAGGAGCAGCACACCACUGUGAGUGACCCACCCUCUUCUAGUGUCACAUCACACUCAGGAGCUACCCUUUCUUCUUGUAUCGAGGAAGUUCAAAGCAAAUAUUUAUAUUGUUUAUAUUCUAUGACUCUGCAGGAAAUGCAAGCGCACAUAGACAAGAUCAACGAGAUGGCUACGGUGAUGAGGAAGGCCAUCGAAGUGGACGAGGGGAGGUUGUGUGAAGACGAGGAGAGGAUCAAGCAACUAGAGCUGGAGAACAGUGGUCUUCGUGAGCUGCUAGGGAUCAGUCGAGAGGCCUUCCUACUUCUGACAAGAGAGGAGGCCUCAGAUAGCACAUCCCUGUCUGCCCUGUUGACCAGCGCCGACAUCAGCCUCCGGAAGAGUUAGGCCCACACCAGCACUAGCUUGGAGUGUGUGUGUGUGUGUAUAUAUGCGCCCCCACCUUGUACAGACCAUACCCCCCAAUCACCUACAGCCACACAGAGGGAACUCGACAACGAACGAUGCCCCAGGUCAUACUGCCUCCCACCUGUCACGCUACAAUGGAGGUAUACAGUAGGAAGCCUCUGAGACAAAUGGGAAAAUCCUCCAGCGGUGUAGUCUGUCAUGCAUUUUUUGUUUUGGCACGCAUUGUGCUAUCUGAUGAGCCUGUGGGGUUUUAAAGUGUGAAUGAGUGAAUGUGCUGCUCUUGAAUGACAUUAAAACACUUGAAAGAAA